AUGGAAACCUCUACUGAAAAGCUAGGUGUUUUCCAAGUAAUAGACUUGUUCGGGGUGUAUUUUGUGUAUCCAGAUGAUUUGCCAGAACAAGGUGAGAAUAACCCAAUGGUUAGUGGAGAUACAGACUCUGAAUUAGAUUCUGAAUAUGUGGAGGAAGCAAACCAAACUGAUUUAGAGUCUACUGAAUAUAAAAAUUUUGUUGAUGAUAUGGAAUGUUCAAUGAUGAUAAUGUGGAUAUGGAAGUUCAAUGGGCCAGUUCUAAAUAAACAAGAGGGAUGCAAAGGAUCUAUUGGGCAUUCAAAUGUCAACGAAGAGUUGAACCCUAAAGAUAUUAACUCUGAUUAUGGAUCCCCAAGUGAAUUGGUCAGUAUUGAUAGCUCAUCUAGAGAGGAGUGUGAGAAGCCAAGAAAGUAUAGGUUCAAGCAAUUCAGACCUGAAAUAGACAUGAGGAACCUUCAAUUCAAAUUAGGGAUGUUUUUCAUUACAUCAGCUCAAUUGAAGGAUGCUAAUAGAGAAUAUUUAUUUAAAAAUUAG